UCAGUCAGAAUCGCGGAUCGUAUCGUUCAAGUGAAAAAGUGCUCGGAAAAAUUGCCUCUUCCCAUCGGUAUUGCCUUCGCGGUAGCAAAAAUUGCCGUCCGGUUGCUCGGUUCGAACGCCGGAUAUGUGCUAGUGAGUGCGUCAGCCGUUAUUUUACCUGCAAAUGAUUUUUCGCACGUUCAAAAGUUGACUUCCAAUGUUCACACGUGUUUGAGGUUAGAUCUGUCACUGCUUCCUUCUGCGCGGCGGUUCUUUAUCUCUUUUCGAGCAACAAAAUAACAACUGUGCACGGGUCCGCGGACAAUUUUGUUACAUAAACGUACGCUUGCUGCAAAGCGACAACCACAACGACAAUGACCAGCGCGGAUCGGAUACUGACGGUAGCGCUGCAAACCAGCUACGAUCUGCGGCGACUGGCGAAUGGUGGCGGCGGUGGCUCUGGUGAAUCCUGGAAAUUUUUACCAUAUUUAGCCGAAUCGAAACCCAUCGAACCGAAAUGUCCGCCCACGAAGGCGGAACUGGAGGAAGCCGGUCUCCUUCCGACGCAGUCGGAUCGACGAGAGCCAAGCGCCGAUGAGGAAGCGAAACCCGACCCGGAGGUGCUGUUCGAGCAGAUGUUUGAACUGGAUAUCGAUUAUCUGAAGAGUUUGGAUCCGAAGGAUUGGAAAAACCAGGACCAUUACGCUGUGCUGGGAUUGAAGAAAAUGAGAUUCGAAGCUACGGAGGACGACAUCAAGCGAGCCUACCGAAAGAUAGUUCUCAAACACCACCCGGAUAAGCGGAAAGGACUCGGGGAAGAGGUUAAACAAGAUGAUGACUAUUUUCACUGUAUAACGAUGGCUUAUGAGACGCUGGGAACGUUGAAGAAUCGAAGAGCUUUCGACUCUGUCGAUCCCGAGUUUGACGAUACAUUACCUUCGCAGAGUGAGACUAAGAAGGAUUUCUUUGGUUCGCUGAAGGAGGUUUUUAAGCGGAAUUCACGGUGGAGUGAGUCGCGCAAACCGGUUCCACAGCUGGGCGAUGAAAAUACCGAACGCGCCAAGGUGGAACAGUUUUAUGACUUCUGGUAUAACUUCUCUAGCUGGAGAGAAUUUAGUUAUUUAGAUGAAGAGGACAAGGAAAAGGGUCAAGAUCGAGAGGAGCGUCGUUGGAUAGAGAAGCAAAAUAAAGCCAUUCGCUUGCAACGUAAGAAGGAAGAGUCUGCUCGUAUACGAACGUUGGUUGAUUUAGCCUAUAAUAACGAUCCGCGAGUUGUUAAAUUCAAGAAAGAGGACAAGGAUCGAAAGUUGGCGGCUAAACGGGCAAAGCAGGAUGCCUAUCAGGCCCAGAAAGCCGAAGAAGAGCGACUGGCGAAGGAAGUCGCCUUAGCCAAGCAGAAAGCUGCUGAGGCAGAACAAAAGCGAAUUGAAAACAUUCAAAUUGAGAAGGAAAGGCUCAAACGGGCCUUGAAGAAGGAAAGAAAGUCUUUCCGGGACGCUGUCAAGGCUAACGAUUAUUAUGUGACGGAUGAAAAAGACCGUCUCAAACAUUUGGAAGGAGUUGAAAAGCUGUGUGAAUCGCUGAAACUUGUAGAUUUGCAAGAGUUCAACAAAGAAUUGACGGCCAACGGCCGUCCUGCAUUCAUGAAAGCUUUGAAUGAUCUGGAACAAAAGUUGGAAGAGGAACGCCGGGUGGCUCUUGCAGCUCAAAGUCAGUCAAUCCCGAACAAUGCCGGUCUGAAGGUGGUUAACCGAAAAGCCCUUUGGAAUCACGACAACGUUCAGUUGCUAAUUAAAGCCGUCAAUCUGUUCCCGGCGGGAACAAUCUCCCGCUGGGACGUAAUUGCCAAUUAUCUCAACCAACACGGCACCAAUUUGGGUGAUUUGAAAUUUUACGCUAAGGACAUCUUGAAUAAAGCCAAGGAGCUGCAAAGCGGUGACUUCUCCAAGAGCGAUCUCAAAACCGUCGUCAACCAGCAGGCGUAUGAGUCUUUCGAAAAGACCCGUAAAGACCUGAAGGUGGUGGACAAAGCUGAGAUCAGUACAAAGGACGAUGCGGCAGCAGCGGCGAAAACGUCGAAACCGCCAAUGCAGAAUGGUCGCGCGGAAGAGCCGCUAACAAAUGGAACACAUGAGGCUUCCGAUGAGAAGGAGAACAUCGUCAGCACUUCCCAGCAACCGAAACCGACUCCUGCUGCAACAGCAGCAGCAGUAGAGAAAAAGGACACACCAGCUGCUACGAAGGAAGCCGCCAAGAAGGAGAAAAAAGAAAAGGCGGAAGCAAAAGUGUGGAGCAAAGAGGAGCAAGCACUACUGGAGCAGGCCAUCAAGACUUACCCGAUUUCUACGCCCGAUCGUUGGGACCGGAUAGCGGAAUGCAUCCCGAACCGAACGAAGAAGGAGUGUCUGCGGCGGGUGAAGGAAAUCGUCGAUCUGGUCAAUGCCAAGAAGGAAGCCCAGCAGACGGUCAAGUGAAACUAGACGGCGGAGAACUGCCGUUCGUGUGUACCGCAAGCCUGGGGUUAUAGAUUGACGAACGAACAGGUCUUAGUAAUGGUAACGUCUCAGAUACACAUACAAACAGCGCACCAACGGUCUGCUGCUGCUAGUUAAUAAUCUUUACUUGAUUUAUCCUCUGCGACUACUUUAUGUCAGUAUUUGUAAAUAAAACAUUGAACU